CACUCACAGAGGAAGAAAAAAUACCUAGUACAGUCAGCAGUCUUGUCACAAUGGGUUUCGAUGAAGCAGCUUUCGACCGGGAUAUCAAGGAUGUCCACUUGAUUUACGACUACGAUGCCCAGAACGUGAAGACGGGCGAGCCAGAGAAGUGGAAGUAUGAGAUGUGGUUCUACAGCAAGACCCGCAUCGUCUACGCCAUCCACGGCGGCCCCAUGGCCGGCCGCAAAAACUUCCAAACCGCCGAGUACCAAUGCAUCCGGCCCGGAGAACUCUGGCAGUGCAACUGGCUCGAAGAGACGGGCACCAUCUGCAGUAUGGUGUACGAUAUCAAACAAGGACGUAUUACCACUCUCUUGGGCUUCUCCAAGGGCCAUUGGGAGAAGGCGGAAGAGGCGCAUGGCGAUAAGCGCAAUCCCAAGGACUUGGAAAGAUGGCGCGGAUUGGCGAAGAUUGGGUCUUCGCAGACGGAUAGACAUAUGUUGUCGGAGCAGGCGAUCAUCUCGGAGUCUUUUCGUGGAAAGGGCGAGUUGGAGCCAAUUGAGGAGAGUUGGCCGACUUUGUAGGGGAGAGCGUAUAAAGUAUAUACCAUAUGGGAUAGAGGAU